UAUAUAUAUAUAGAGAGAGAGAGAGAGAGUGUACAUUACCAUCUUUGGACACCCAAAACAACAACGGCGUCUUAAAACUACAUAUACUUGUAAUAAGGAAAACCUUCAUUUUGGUGAAAUUUAUUAUGGGUGGAAAAGUGAAAUGGACAUCCAUAGUGUUGACAUGCCCAGAAGAGAAAUGGAGUCAGACGUUGCAAAAAGAGUUGGAAUUAAGGCAAGCAAAGGGCUAUAUUGACAAAGACGUGUUUCUGCUGACAGUAGAAGAUCCAAAACAGGAUGUGGGCAGUGGUGGAGCUACUAUCAACGCUCUGCUGACUGUCGCAGAGUACAUAAGUGCUCAGAGAGGAUACAAUGUGUUAUCCACAGAAAUUUUGAAAGAUUCCUACAUUCUGAUUUUGCACAAUGGUCGAGGCUAUACAUACGACAGCUGUGGUAGACCAUUCACGUGUGUUCCGGCUCAGUUCCAUACUAGUGACCAUGACGGGCUGAUCUGUAUGGUGGACCUUCUGAUGAAACUCAUCACAGAAAAGAUAGCUGUGUGUGCAGGGCCCGGUGUCUGGGUGAGCAGUGUGGACAUGAUCCUAUCCAUCCCUUAUGGAGCAGUGAUUCCCUGGGAGACAUGUGAUGUGUGUGCCAUAACUGUCCCAGCCUACCCACAGUAUUGUCGACAGCAUGGCGUGUACAAGAUAGACAGCAAGGGAUUUGUUGAAGAUAUUCUCUACAAGGAGACUCUAGAGAAGCUGGAAGCUUGUGAGAGGCAGGAUGGAACAGUCCCCAUGGUUUGCGGGCUGGUCUAUUUCUCUGCAGCUGUAUCUGAGGUCCUACUUUCCUUCUUCACCAAACCGCCCCUUGAUGCCUGCACUUACUUUGGUGUUGACAGUGGGGAACCAACCAUUAGGUUAUCACUAUUUUUUGACGUGAUGCUGCCUAUGUGUUCGGGUGUAAAACGACAAGACUUCCGGUCCGGUGCACGAUGCGGCCCUUACGGAAAACAUGUUGCCGUUGGUGACAUUAAGACCAUGAGGGCCGCAAGAACUAUCUUGUGGGACGAUUUGAAUAAAUUUAGAAUAAAAGCAUGUAUGAUUGAGGAAGGCACAUGUUUGUUCCCAUACACGGUCCAGGAACACAAGCGGAACAUUCUAGACAGGAUGAUGGAGUCAUGCUUCAGACAAACUGACCUUCGAUGGUCCAACAUUGUUCACUCCCAUAUCAAGAGUUUGGACAGAGUUGAUGAGACCUCCAUUGUGAUGAACAGUAUAUUGGAGGAAAGUGUGAGUGUGGGGCCGAGAAGUGUGGUCACACAUUCUCACAUCCAGGGGCAGAUAACCAUUGGCAAGGACUCCUUCAUAUCUGGACUGGUUACCGGCCCUGAGUUUCCAGACAAAGUGGAGUUUGCGGAGUCCAUCAUCGUGCAGUGCUACAACAUUAACCUCCCUUUCCUUGGCAAGUCCAUGUACCUGAUGACCACACACGGCAGAUUUGACAACAUUGAGAUGCCGAUGUGGAAGGGUACUAGCAGUUUUUGUAACGACCCCUGGAUCUACAUGAUGAAUCGUACAGGCAUUGUGAAGGAAGAUCUCUGGGGCAAGGACUGUGAAGCAGAUGAGCAGAUUAUUCAGACUGCGCUGAUGUUCCCAGUGCUCCAUGCAACAGAGCCUCUAGGUCUUACGGAGCUCCUCUGGCUUCAGGGGGUCAUACAGGACACUGAGAACAGGGACAUACUCAGGAGGUGGAAGAGUUCCUGGCGACUAAGUUUCCACGACAUUCACAAACUGAUUGACCUGCAGAAGGAAUUUGAAACCCGGAGGUGCCUGUUUUACUCGGUUGGCGAGCGUGACAUUCGACAGGCCAUUUUGCAGCAGGAAAACAUCGGCUUCCGGGCCCUCUACAACAGCUCAGUGGUGGAGGGCUUUACUCAGCAGAUGUUGACUGCUCUUGAUGACGUGUGCAAUGAAAGCCUAAGCAAGCAGCAGACCAGCCAAGCAGCAGGGACAGCUGCUCGCACCCUCGCUAACAUAGCAGACGUGCUGGGAUGUAUGGCAGGGCCUAAGGGGGGUCUGCGCAGUGGACCUGCAGCAAAUAAAGACUGGGCACGAGCCUUCAAGUUUUUGGAGGACAGAAACAUUCGUGAAGGAGUUCAGUUGAUGGCGAAGGAGCGUGGCAAGUGGCUGGACAGACCAGACAAGCUGAUCCGGGCGGCCAGGCACUAUGAAGGGGCGGCCCAGAUACUCAUCAGACAUGCGGUCAUGAGUGCUAAAGAGUUUUUCAAGCUAUCGUCCCUGGACAGAGACAGUGUACCGAGGUUUGGCCACUGGGUGAUGGUGGAGUGCCCGGCCCGUAUUGACAUUGCAGGCGGCUGGUCUGAUACUCCGCCCAUUACGUAUGAGCACGGUGGGGCGGUUGUAACUGCUGCCCUACUGGUACAAGGGAAGAGACCAAUUGGUGCAAAGUCAAGAAGGAUACCAGACCCAAAGCUAGUGCUUGUGAUCCAUGGUGGAGGUGAACAGAAGGAAGUGGUGUGUCAAGAGUUGUCUGACUUGAUGGACUACUUUCAGCCUCACAGCCCAGGUGCCCUGCUGAAGGCAGCCUUCUUGUGUGCCGAGAUUGUGGACCUGGACUCGAGUACAACUCUGAGGGACCAGCUCUUGACCAACUACGGUGGCGGGUUUGAGCUGCACAGCUGGACGCAUCUGCCACAUGGCUCUGGUCUGGGGACCAGCAGUAUCCUGGCGGGGGCUGUAAUGGCAUCCCUGUUGCAGACGGCUGGCAAGUCAUGUGACCCGCAGGGACUCAUACAUCUAGUGUUAUACCUGGAGCAGCUGCUGACUACAGGUGGGGGUUGGCAGGACCAGGUUGGGGGACUGCUGGGAGGGGUGCAGCUGGGCGUGUCAGGGGCGGGGCUGCCCCUCUACGUGGAGGCACAGGACCUGCAGGUGGACCCAGAAGUCCUUCAGGCCCUCAAUGAGAGACUGGUGCUCAUCUACACAGGCAAAACCAGACUGGCCAGGAACUUGUUGCAGCCUUCUAAAAUGGAUGUUGUACGUAACUGGUACGCCAGGAAUCCUCAGAUAGUGGAGACAGAAGACAGCCUUGUGCAGCUGGCUAAUCAGUGUGCAGAAUUCAUCAAAAAAGGUGACCUUGAGUCUGUUGGUCAGUGUAUGGAUGAGUAUUGGGUGCUAAAGAAGACGAUGGCACCCGGGUGUGAGCCCGAGUUUGUCGCCCGCCUGAUGACCUCCAUGCGACCUUAUGCCCUGGGCAUGUGCAUGGCAGGCGCAGGGGGUGGGGGAUUCAUGUAUGUGCUGGCCAGUGACCAUGAGGCACAGAAGAACAUCAAGAACAUGUUCAACUCUGCAGAGGUUUCACAAGGAGUGUGUGUUUACGAGGCGAGUAUAGACGUGACAGGUAUGUCGGUCACUGUGAUUGAGGUGGACGAACCUUCUGAGACGAUUUCCGAGGAAGCAGAAGACAUGCAGGAGUACUACAACCAGCCAGAGACGCUGCCAGACGAAGUGUACCACAAUGCAUCUCUUGAUGUUGAGGCUCUAGCUUCUAAUGUCCAGGGUGCCUUUCCACUGACGCAAGGGGACUCGAGCAGGGAGCCAAUGCAAAGGGACUCGAGCAGGCAGCCAACGCAAAGGGACUCGAGCAGGGAGCCAACGCAAAGGGACUCGAGCAGGGAGCCAACGCAAAGGGAAUCGAGCAGGGAGUCGACAGCUGCAGGGGAGCAGAUGAGAAAUAGUGCUUUUUGAGGUGAUAGAGGUCUUGUGUGAACAGAUGCUUAAUGGAGCCUCAUUCUACACAGGUCAAUUAAGGAGAACACUUUCAGCCUAAACUGGAUUUUCACUAGCAAGAGACUUCUUGUAUACUGUAAACCCAUUAAAUUUCGUGGAUUUUGUUGAACAGUUUGCAGAUUUAUCACAUAUAUGUCAAUUGGUGCCAAUUAAAGUAAAGAGACGUUACGGUUAUCGCAUGUGUA